AUGUCGCCCGCAGACUCUACAGCCACCGCGACUUCGGCGCCGACAUCGACACAACUCCCCAAUCACUCCAAGGAAGAGAAAUCGCAAACAAAAGAGGAUGAGGCGACACCGACUAAGGAGUUCUUCGAGCCACAUCUACGCCUUCACCUCAAUGAUCUCACAGACGAAGGGACAUCCAUCUUCUUGUCAAGCAUCACUCCAUCGACUCUGCUUCCGUCUGCAGUUUCGAUAGUCCAGAAGGCUCUCUACGUUCAGCCCAAAGGAGAAUUUCAUGUGCCGAGUACGCGCAGUGUGACUCUCAUAGUCAGACCUAUGGACGGGGUAGCGUACACGACAGGCGUUGACAUUGAUCCGGAGCAACACAAGGAGAUUCACUUCUCAUCCCACUAUAUCGCCUCCAUCUCACCCAGUAGGCGCAGUCAUGAGAUCGAGGGUGUGAUAGUCCACGAGCUCGUACACUGCUACCAGCACAACGGUCACGGACACGCACCAGGCGGUUUGAUUGAAGGGGUCGCAGAUUGGGUCCGUCUAGGCGCUGGUCUGGCACCGCCGCACUGGCGGAAAGGCGACGAGAUCAAGGGAAAGUGGGACGCCGGGUAUCAGCACACGGCAUAUUUUCUACAGUAUCUCGAGGAGCGGUUCGGCGAGGGCACGGUGAGGCGGCUGAACGAGGGGCUGAGGACGAGCAAGUACGAGGAGAAGACUUUUUGGACGGGAAUUCUGGGAAGGCCGGUCGAGCAGCUUUGGGAAGACUACAAGAAGCAAGCGUGCUAG